CAAACCCUCCUGGUAGUUAUUUGAGCAGCGGCGGCGGCCCGAGGAGGCGGCGGAGAGCAGCGGCGGCAGCGGCGGCAGCGGCGCAGGGGGCGGCGGGGAUCCCGCGGACGGCUGGCUGGGACGGGCGCCUGGAGCCCCGUUUCAGCCCGAGGGGAGAUAGCAAGUUGAGGGCAAUUCUCCAUGAAUGUACGUCACCAUGAUGAUGACCGACCAGAUCCCCCUGGAACUGCCACCCCUGCUCAACGGGGAGGUGGCCAUGAUGCCCCACUUGGUGAAUGGAGAAGCAGCCCAGCAGGUUAUUCUUGUCCAAGUUAACCCUGGUGAGACCUUCACAAUAAGAGCCGAGGAUGGAACACUGCAGUGCAUCCAAGGCCCCGCUGAAGUUCCCAUGAUGUCGCCCAAUGGGUCCAUCCCUCCCAUCCAUGUGCCUCCAGGUUAUAUCUCACAGGUGAUUGAAGACAGUACUGGAGUGCGCCGGGUGGUGGUUACACCCCAGUCUCCUGAGUGUUACCCACCAAGCUAUCCCUCAGCCAUGUCUCCAACCCAUCACCUGCCCCCUUAUCUGAGUCACCACCCGCACUUCCUUCAGAACUCGCACACGGCUUAUUACCCGCCUGUCACCGUUCCUGGAGAUAUGCCACCGCAGUUCUUCCCCCAGCACCACCUCCCCCCGACAAUAUAUAGUGAGCAAGAAAUUAUCCCACUUUAUGGAAUGUCGAGCUACAUCACCCGAGAAGACCAGUACAGCAAGCCACCGCACAAAAAGCUGAAGGACCGCCAGAUUGACCGCCAGAACCGUCUCAACAGCCCACCUUCCACCAUCUAUAAGAGCAGCUGUGCAACAGUGUACAAUGGUUACGGGAAGGGCCACAGCGCUGGAAGCAGUGGAGGCGUGGGAGGUGGAAGCGGAGGUGGACCUGGGAUCAAAAAGACAGAGCGAAGAGCCAGAAGCAGCCCAAAGUCCAGUGAUUCGGACUUGCAAGAGUAUGAGUUGGAAGUAAAGAGAGUGCAGGACAUUCUUUCGGGAAUAGAGAAACCACAGGUGUCAAACAUCCAGGCAAGAGCAGUUGUGUUGUCCUGGGCACCCCCUGUCGGACUGUCCUGUGGACCCCACGGUGGCCUUUCCUUCCCUUACAGCUAUGAGGUUGCCUUAUCAGACAAAGGGCGAGAUGGAAAAUACAAGAUCAUUUACAGUGGAGAAGAAUUGGAAUGUAACCUGAAAGAUCUCAGGCCUGCCACUGAUUACCACGUGAGGGUAUAUGCCAUGUACAAUUCUGUCAAGGGGUCCUGCUCUGAGCCAGUCAGCUUCACCACCCACAGCUGUGCACCAGAGUGCCCCUUCCCUCCCAAGCUGGCGAACAGGAGCAGGAGUUCGCUCACCUUGCAGUGGAAGGCUCCAAUUGACAAUGGUUCAAAAAUCACCAGCUACCUUUUAGAAUGGGAUGAGGGAAAGAGGAAUAGUGGCUUCAGACAGUGUUUCUUUGGGAACCAGAAGCAUUGCAAGUUGACAAAACUCUGUCCAGCCAUGGGCUACACCUUCAGGCUUGCUGCUCGGAAUGACAUCGGCACCAGUGGUUACAGCCAGGAGGUGGUGUGCUAUACACUGGGGAACAUCCCACAGAUGCCCUCAGCACCCAGGCUCGUCCGAGCUGGCGUCACCUGGAUCACACUGCAGUGGUCCAGGCCUGAAGGCUGCUCGCCGGAGGAAGUGAUUACGUACACCCUGGACAUCCAGGAGGACGAAAACGAUAACCAUUUCCAUCCGAAGUACAGCGGAGAAGAUCUGACCUGUACUGUAAAAAAUCUCAAAAGAAGCACACAGUACAAGUUCAGGCUGACUGCUUCUAACAUGGAAGGGAGAAGCUGCCCAAGUGAAGUCCUGGUUUGUACGACCAGUCCUGACCGACCUGGACCUCCGACCAGGCCGCUCAUUAAAGGGCCAGUCACAUCACAUGGCUUCAGUGUCAAGUGGGAUGCUCCAAAGGACAGUGGCGGCUCAGAAAUCCUGAAGUACCUGCUGGAGAUCACAGAUGGAACUUCUGAAGCUGGUCAGUGGGAAGUGGCCUACAGCGGCUCUGCUAUGGAGUAUGUCUUUACCCACUUGAAACCAGGCACUUUGUACAGACUGCGGGUCUGCUGCAUCAGCACCGGUGGGCACAGUCAGUGUUCUGAAAGUCUCCCCGUUCGCACACUAAGCCUUGCGCCAGGUCAGUGCCGACCGCCGAGGGUUUUGGGUAGACCAAAGCACAAAGAAGUCCACUUAGAGUGGGACGUCCCUGCAUCUGAGAGUGGCUGCCAGGUCUCCGAGUACAGCGUGGAGAUGACAGAGCCUGAGGAUGUCGCUUCCGAGGUGUACCAUGGGCCCGAGCUGGAGUGCACAGUCGGCAAUCUGCUUCCUGGGACUGUGUAUCGCUUCCGAGUGCGGGCUCUGAAUGACGGAGGGUACGGCCCCUACUCCGACGUGUCAGAGAUCACCACCGCCACAGGGCCCCCUGGGCAGUGCAGAGCUCCAUGCAUCUCCUUCACGCCAGAUGGAAGCGUCUUGGUGGGGUGGGAGAGCCCGGAGAGCCCUGGUGCUGACGUCUCUGAGUACAGGCUGGAAUGGGGUGAAGAUGAAGAAUCCUUAGAACUCAUUUACCAUGGUCCAGACACCUGCUUUGAGAUCCAGAAUCUGUUGCCUGCUGCCCAAUAUUGCUGCAGACUACAGGCCUUCAAUCCAGCAGGUGCAGGGCCAUAUAGCGAGCUUGUCCACUGCCAGACACCUGCCUCUGCCCCUGACCCUGUGUCCACGCUGUGUGUCCUGGAGGAGGAGCCCCUUGAUGCCCACCUGGACCCGCCCUCUGUGUGCCUUGUACUGAACUGGGAAGAGCCGUGCAAUAAUGGAUCUGAAAUCGUUGCUUACAACGUUGAUCUCGGAGACACUAGCAUUACUGUGGGCAACACUACCACACACGUGAUAAAGGACCUCCUUCCAGAGACUACGUACCGGAUCAGAAUUCAGGCCGUCAAUGAGAUUGGAGUCGGACCAUUUAGUCAGUUCAUUAAAGCAAAAACUCGGCCAUUGCCACCCUUGCCUCCUAGACUGGAGUGUGCUGCAUCUGGUCCUCAGAGCCUGAAGCUCAAGUGGGGAGACAGUAACUCCAGGACGCAUGCCGCUGGUGACCUGGUGUACACGCUGCAGUUGGAGGACCGGAGCAAGAGGUUUGUUUCCAUCUACAGAGGACCCAGCCACACCUACAAGGUCCAGAGACUGACGGAGUCCACCUGCUACUCCUUCAGAAUCCAGGCAGCAAGCGAGGCAGGGGAGGGACCUUUCUCAGAAACUUACACCUUCAGCACAACCAAAAGUGUCCCUCCCACCCUCAAAGCACCUCGAGUGACACAGUUAGAAGGAAACUCGUGUGAAAUCUUAUGGGAGACGGUACCCCCGAUGAAAGGCGAUCCUGUUAAUUACAUCCUGCAGGUACUGGUCGGAAGAGAAUCUGAGUACAAACAGGUGUACAAGGGAGAAGAAGCCACAUUCCAGAUCUCAGGCCUCCAGAACAACACAGACUACAGGUUCCGUGUGUGCGCGUGCCGCCGCUGUGUGGACACCUCCCAGGAGCUCAGUGGAGCUUUCAGCCCCUCUGUGGCCUUUGUGUUACAACGACGCGAGGUCAUGCUUACAGGAGACAUGGGGAGCAUGGACGAUCCCAAAAUGAAGGGCAUGAUGCCUACUGAUGAACAGUUUGCUGCCCUCAUUGUGCUUGGCUUCGCAACCUUGUCCAUUUUAUUUGCCUUUAUAUUACAGUACUUCUUAAUGAAGUAGACCUGCAGACUAAAGGUAUGAAUGGGGCACCACCCAUUGAAUACAUAUUUACUCAGAGCCUUCCCUUUCAGCCUUGUUGUCCUUUGAUUUAUAUACUUCUCUUGUUUUACAGAUUUAGCUAGGAGAAACAGUCGGUGUUUGGCUGCACCUAUUUGAGAUGCAAAAGUAGGAAGAGGUUAAACUGGAUUAAAAAAAAAUAAAGAAAUAAAUAAGAGGAGAGGAGAGCAGCAGGAAAGCACCAGCCACCAAGAGACAGUGUGCCCAGUGAGCGCAGUGUGCCCCGUGAGCGCAGUGUGCCCAGUAAGCGCGGUGUGCCCAGUAAGCACAGUGUGCGCAGUGUGCCCAGUGAGCGCCGUGUGCCCCGUGAGCACAGUGUGCCCGGUGUGCCCAGUGAGCGCCGUGUGCCCAGUGAGCGCAGUGAGCUUAUGUUUUCAAGCUUUCCAGUAUGCUUCUAUUCUGUUUCCACUGAAGUCUUUCACGAGCCUUUGAUUUUUUUGUGUGUUCCAGUUUAGUAAUUUAUAUUCACAGUCUACAUCUGUAAACAGAAUCACAGUGUAUGGAGUUCAGGGCUGGGGUUUGCUGUUGUCAGAGUCCUGCCACACAAGAACAUACAGAACAUGUGUGCCUUCGGCUGAGGCCACCCAGACCAUCUGUCAUCACUCAGUUCUUAACUGUGUAGCUCACUUAAGUCAAACUGUGUACUUUAAUCUAAAUGUGUUACUACUCUGUAUCCCUUAUCAUUUUAACACUAUGAGUUGCCUGUCUAAGAAAUCACAUAACCAAAUGCACCUAUCAGUGAUGGAGCAUUGUAGAUUUCCACGUCGGUCCAUAGCAGUAACUUUAAGAGGGCAUUGUGCAAUAGUUAGUUUUCCUGUUCAGCUACUUUAAAAGCUGCUUUAACUUGCCUGUCUGUCUGUGUAUAUAACUACUUCUAAUCACUAGAGUUAUUAUAUUCUGUUGUGUUUGACCAGAACUACGUGAUGAGAACUCAUGGCAGUCGAAUGCCUCACAAUUGUGGGCUGUCUUCUUACAUGUUGGUCCAUUAGUUUUGAAAGAUUUGUCUUUGGCUAUCCCUUGGGGUAUCAGUAAAGUGAAUGAAGUCCAGUACCUGAUUUCAGCGCCCGUAAGACUAAUGUAGCGUAGACACAAGUCUUACUGAUAAAGCCCACAAGGGAACCAUCUACACUGCCCUGUUUCUGGGGGCUCCAUCCGGCCACAUGUAGAGAGGGAGUGGUAAGCGGCUGGAAGUACAAUGUGUUUGUGGCCAAAGAGCCUCCAAGAUUCUCUCCCUGGAUCUGUCAGUAACUUGCUUUGUGACCUCUCUGUGCCUGUUUUUCCAUGCAUGAGAAAUCAAGUCAAAUCAAAUGGGGAUUCAGUAUCUGUAAGUGCUUUGAGAUCUUAGAUCCAGCGGUGCUAUUGGAGUACAAAUGUUAUCGCGCACAUUCAUUUAGAGUCAUGAUAAUCAGUUCUAACCCAAAGUCAUUGGAUUACUCAUAUGAAGUCCACAAUGUUCGAGUACCUCAGGGACACUUAAGAGUUGGAGGUGCAACUGUAUUCCAAAAGGGUGCGACAGACACAGCCGAUCCCCUGUUACUGGUUUUUUGUAUAUUUUUGAUCCUUGGUUUUUCUUGAUCAUAGCUGUUUUGUGCUUGGUCUAUGUUGUCUAUGCAGUAAGUACCCUGUACUAGCUUAUAAUAUUCCCAUACCAAAGUCAUGGGGAAACCAACAUUAUUUUGUUUUGGGUUUAUUUAUACUAUAUUCUGCAUACAGUACUUUAAAUGCCAAUUACAGUGCAAUCUUUAUUUAUUGUAAAAAUUUUUAAAUGUACUUAUGUACUAAUUUGCCCUCAUAGCAUGUUAUAUUUUGUGUGUUUUAUACUUUUGUAAUUUUAAGUCAGUUUGUUCCUUGGCAGCAUCUGUAGUAUUAACCUUCUGACAUUUCCUUGUGUUUUUAAAGAUAAGAAGAGCAUCUAACUCAUUAAAUGCCAAAAAUCCCAUUAUCAGUGAUUGAAAGGUUUACAUGUACCCAGAAAACCGUAAUCAUCUCUCGAGAGUGCUAAGAUCAAUACAUUACUGUGUGCCUAUAUCAAUGUAGUUCAGUACUAGAGAGCUCUGUAUUUUGUUAUUGACUAUAAUAAUUAGUGUAAUUACACUUGUAAACUGAUGGUAUCAAGGUAAAUAUAUUUUUGCCAAAGUUCUGGCCUUCAGAAACUCAUCAUUUCAUCGAAGCGUGUCAUCUGACCCACUGUGACAUUACAUCUGCAUUUUCCGAGACAGGUGUAAGCAGGAGAGAGCAAACUCAGCGGGAUCACCUUUAGAGCUAUUUGUGGGGCGAGUCUUUUUUUGAAACACUUCAGCACUGCUGCUGUAGAGAAUUCUCUGAACUGGUUGAACGGUUUUAAAGGCAACAAUGCUUCCAGCCAAAGUCUCUGAGCAUCUGAUCUUCUGGAGAUUCCGUGCCCCGUGGCCAUCAGGGAGCUGAAGUGUGUGACUCUCGAGCAGACAGCACUUUAUUCUAUUGCUCUCCAUUAUUUGUUUUCAUUAUAAUCUCUUCAGUCAGGAAAUUACUCCUCUACAUGGCACUAUUUUCUAUCGCAAGUCUGUAUAUGUGCUAUGGAUAUAUAGCUAUAUAUAUAUAUAUUGUCAUUACAAAGGAACAGUAAGAUGAAGUGUUCUAUUAAUCUCCUUCUGCCCUUGACCAAGCGUAGGAGUGGCUUUCCCAUGCUCUGAGGCUUCUCUGUAUGUCACAUGCAUCCCUGACACAAGAAAUUCCAGUCAUCUGAAGCAAACUGCCCUUUGUCCUCAAAGAAAAUGUUUAACAAGAAAACUUUUUUAAAGGCUAUUUUGCAUAUUUUCUGCCUUGUUUUUAUCAAACUUCAGAUGUUGACAUUUUUUAACCCUGUUUCUUCGGCUACAAUCACUCAGUAUUUGUGUCAAAAUUGAAAAGUGCCCUCAUAGAAUGUGUCUGAAUGUUAUCCUUGCACAAUUGUUUAAAUUGAAAGGCGAAAUGUUUUACCUCACUGUUGGACAUACAUUCCAAGCUUUUCGACUUUAGGAGAAAAAAAAAUAAUCAUAUGUUUUCUUGUCUUGUAAAUUUUAGAUUAUUUCAUAUACAUUAUAUUAAAACUGCCAUAUCAAUUUUAAUGUAUAGAUUUUGCAAAUACUAUGCUAUAUGUAAUACCUAACUGUAUCUGUAGUGUAUAUGUAAUAUAUUUAUGCCCAAUAAAUGUUUUAAUUCUUUCUGA